CUGCGUGGCCAUGGACACCUCCUACCCGCGGGAGGACCACAAGCGGGGGUCGUCCACUGCCGACCCCGUCCCCCCACCGCCCCGCGACCACCUUGUCUGGUCCAUCUUCAACACCAUCUACAUGAACUUCUGCUGCCUGGGCUUCGUGGCGCUUGCCUUCUCCGUCAAGGCGCGGGACCGCAGAGCGGCCGGGGACGUGGAAGCCGCUCGGCAGUUCAGCUCCAGGGCCCGGUGCUACAACGCGCUGGCCACGGCCGGGAGCGUGCUGCUGCCACUGGCGCUGGCCGCGCUGGCCGUCACCGGCGUCAUCCACCUGGCCCAGCUGGCACACGACUCCGUCGGCUUCUUCACCUACCAGCUCGGCAGGAGCGACAGCGAGGACAAGUGAGCGGCGGGCCAAGGGCUUGCAGAAACUCCUCCGCGGGGCUGGUGGCCCCCCCAGAGCGGCCACUGGCCCAGCACGACCCACCCAUGGCCACAAGCUCUGACACCCGCCGGGCAGCGUGUGUGGGGGGAUGCAGCCCCCAGGCUUCUCCUGCUCCUCCCUUUCCUGCACCCCCUGCCCCACGGUGCCCGACACCCCCCGGCUGCUUUGGGCAGCUGGAUAAUUGGUGUUUGCCCCAGGGUUUUAUCUCCCUUUGUCCGAUGUGCAGCACAGCAUCCCCAGGUAUUGAGCACAGCAUCCCCAGGUGUGCAGCAUGACAUC